UUUUUUUUUUUCCUUUUCUUUUUUCUUUUUUAACACUUUACAAGUUUUUCUCAGAAUGCUCGAAGCGCUCUACUCUGCGCCGUUCAGCGUCCUGCGCGCGCCGAACGUCAAGGUGCGGCUGCCGUCGGUGGAGCGACCUGGCGCGAUGACGGUCUUCGCAGUGAUUUUCCUGUCGUACUGGCUUGUGACUGCAGGCAUCAUCUACGACAUUAUCACCGAGACGCCCAGCUUUGGCCAGACGCUCGACGAGCGCGGGAACGUUCGCCCGCAGCCCUUCCUGCCCUACCGCAUCAACGGCCAGUUCAUCAUCGAGGGCAUCACCGCCGCGUUCAUGUUCGCUCUCGGCGCCAUCGGAUUCAUCAUGUUUGACCGAGUCAAUAACAAGCCAAUGCAAAAGCUCGAGCGCUCCAUCUUCCUGGGCGUCGGCAGCUUGUGCGUCUUCCUGUCCUUUGUGCUCUGCCGAGUGUUCAUCCGCAUGAAGCUUCCAGGGUACCUCAGCGACUAAGCGGAAUUCGCAUCAAACCUUUUUAGCCAGCCAGAUUGGAGUGAAUCGUUCCCAGCGGUUUCUUUUGUUACAGAAUACAAUUAUCACCCU